GGUUUGCGCGUUCAUACCCAGGCAAAUCUGUGCCUUUAUCUAAUAUUCAUAAAUAGGCGUUUCUAACAUGACUUUGACACAUAACCUCGUCAAUCCAACAAAGCUAUGCCUAAUCUAUUUCCCUUUAUUCCUUUCUUUCGUCAUUAUUAAUUCGAUUAUAGUAUUUGACGGUAAUCUGUUCUAUCUUUUAUUCUAACAUUUAUUGGUUCGCUGAUUUUGUAGUAAUGAGAUGACGUUUGUCAUUGUCUACCUGUAAAUUGUCAGUGAUGAAAAGUGGUCUUGUUAACAAUUAUCUUAUUCUCCUCUGAUCAUCACAAAUCUCUACUCAUUCAUUUCCAUUACUCCCAAUCGUGAAGUAUCAAGUUUGUAGUAUAAAAGUCCAUAAUUUGCCUAUCAAUGUAGAGGAUACCCAUAGCUUUCAAAUCUUGUCUUCAUAUCAAGAGAUAAAUUCAAAUUCGCUGAAUUAAUAUUUUCAUCUUGUGUUUCAUAUUCCAUGGCUACUGGUACUUGAUAAAUAGCGUUGAUCACAUUGGCCUUUGCUGGCUCACUUGGAAUGACUUUUGUCAUGUUGGGCUGUGCACUUCCAGCAUACAAAGUUUGGUGGCCUUUUUUUGUCGUAUUAUUCUACAUACUUGCUCCAAUUCCUACAUUGAUUGCAAAACGAUACACAGGUGAUUCCGGAAGCACUAGCAAUCCAUGCCUUGAAUUGGCAAUUUUCAUCACAAUGGGUUUUGUUGUUUCAUCUUUUGCUCUACCUAUAGUGUUGGCACGCUCACCCACUCCUACACCAGUGAUAUAUCCAGGGGCGUGUUACUUAACCUUAGCUGGUAACGUAAUUGUGUAUCUUACUUUGGUUGGAUUCUUCAUCGCCUUUGAUCAAGAAGAUGCUGAUUAUAGCAUGUGGUGAUCUGUCUGAACAUCGCGUUCUCAUCAAAUGGAUGUUCCAGAAAAUCCACAAAAAAUUUUUUUUUAAAUAUCCAGGGAUCCAAACGUAAUUUUUAGUUGUAGAUUUUUGUUAAUUGCAGGCCAGUGAAAAUCUAUACAAUCGAGACGCGAAUGUAUACCUAAUCAUCUGUAAUUAUCUGAUGAUUCCUCUUAUUGGCUAAUAAAUUUUUCUGUCGGUCGGUUGAAAUAGUAGCGCGAGGCAAUGUAGAUAAAGAGGAAGAUCCCAUCAUGCAGGAAAUUGUUUUAUUAUGAUAAUUCCAGAACUAGAUCACCAUCAAAAUUUUGUAGAUGUGCUAAUCUUGCGAAUAUCGAAGACUAUACAUGUAUAUGAGGUAUAGAUAUGAGAACUACCUGACAAUUAUUGACUGGGUAUUUGCAUCAAUAUUGACUGACGAGUUCAUGACUAAAUGAUUUGAUUACACUCAAGUUGAAACGUGAGGAAAUCGCAUCUGAAUUAUCUAUAAUUACAUACCUGAGCUUAGUUUUGCGUCAUGGAGAAUUAAAGUUUGAGUGAUAGAUAGAGGAAAAUGGUUGGAAAAGUCAUUGAUGAAAAUACUGAUAUCAACUUUUACCAUUUUAUCAAUUUAUGCAUCAAUAAUCGAAUCAAAUAUUCAUUGUGUUUAUAUCAUAUUGAUUAAAUAGAUACAGGUGUAAGCUACUAAUUAUUGCUAAUACACAAGUGUGCGAGCUUCAUAUUGCACCGUUAAAUAUUGUGAUAAGCUUUUCUAUGCAACUUUAUUCGCAGUUUACUCUUAAUAUUAUCUAACUUUUGCAUUAUGCUAUAACAUGAUAGUUUUCAGAUUUAAAGUAAAGAUUUGUGCAGUCGAUGUUGCAGUAACAAAUAACGACUGAUGGCUACGCCAUAAUUUUGAUGUUUGAAACUUAUUAUUCUGUUACUUCUAUAACAUUUAAGUAAGUAUGUGUGCGUUAUAGUUAGUUGAAUCUUAACUAUUGAGAUGAUAAAAGUGAUGCAUUAUUAUUUACGAAUAUUCACUAACGAGGUGAAUGUCAUUAGGAAAAAAAAAUAAAUAAACGAAAUAAAAAGAGAUUGUAAAAUUAA